AUGGCUGAAGAUUCCGAGCUUUGGGAUGUCAUCUGUGAUGGACCUUUUGUCUAUACAAAAACCAAUGGUAACCCAGCGAUAACUGUUCCCAAAACAAGAAAGGAAUUCAAGGACGCUGACCAAAAGGACAUAGAAAAGAAUUUUUGUGCAAAGAAAAUUCUUGUUUGUGGCAUUGGUCCUGAUGAGUACAAUAGGAUUUCAGCAUGCAAAUCAAGGAGAUCUGGGAAGCUCUCCAAACAGCUCAAUGAAGGACGGCGAAUACAUUCAGGAUAUGCACACUCGUUGACAUCUAUCAUCAAUGAGCUUCACUCUCUGGGAGAGAUCAUCCCGAGGAACAAACUCGUUAGGAAGAUACUUAGUGUAUUACCUGGUUCCUGGGAAAGCAAGGUAUAUGCUAUCACAGAAGCAAAAGAUCUGUUGAAGCUGACCAUGGACGAACUUGUUGGCAAUCUGAAGACUUAUGAAAUGAAGAAGAAGAAGGACAAUGAGAGAAGAGAGCCGAAAAGGGAGAAGAACCUGGUCCUCAAAACAGACAAUGACUCAGGAGGUGAGGAUGCUGAUAUGGCAUAUUUGACAAAGAAAUUUCAGAAAAUGGUUCGCAGAAGUAGAAGUAUCCCAAAGAGGGAUGAGGAUGAGGAAGAUGACGAUAAAGAUGAGGUAAACUUUCUGGAUGUUCAAAGAAACUUGAAAUCCUAUUCUCAAAAGAAACUUAUAUCUUUGGCUAAUGUUUUAAUUGAUGCUUAUCACAAUCUUAUUGAUGAUAAAAAUGCGCUAACCACGGAACUAGGAGAAAUAAAACACGAGAGAGAUGAUCUAGUGGUGGUUGCGUGUGAUCUAAGAGAGACCAUUGGUAGUUUAAAAAGGGAAAAAUAUACCUUGACUGAGAGAAUUGCAAACAUAGAGCACGAGAAAGAUGACCUAUUGGUAGUAGUUGUAGACCUAAAGGAAACAAUUGAGGAACUAAGAAGGGAAAAUAGGCCUGUGAACACUAAAAAGGUAAAGGAAGUUGCAAGUGAGGCACACCUUAAGCUUGAAAAUGAGUUAAGAUUAGUGAAAUCUAGUUUGUGUGCAGAGCUUGAGAAAAACAAACAACUUCAGGAAGAACUAGGAAGAGUAAAAAGUGUUCUUGAAAAAUCACUUAAGUGGACCUGGUCCUCUGAUUCUAUCACUGUUUUGUACACAAACAAUGGGGAAAACGGACAGGGAAUCGGGUUCCAAAAGGAAAAGACUCGCUAUAACCCUCAUAGCAAGAAGGACCUGGUUCGUGGUCUGCACAAGUCAAGCUUUAAGGAUCACAGGGUGUGUGAUGCAUGUGUAAAGGUAAAGCAAGUCAGAUCCUCUUUCAAGCUCAAAAAAACUAAAUAUGAGACUCCAUCCGACAUAAAAGAACUUGGUCCCUCAAUCACAAUAACAGAAGCAGAAAACAGAGUUGUUGAUGUUGUACAUGGAACUCCAGCUGCUGAGGUGAGGAACAUGACACAUGGAUUAAAUCCAGAGGAACACGAAUCCUUUCUUAAUAAGAUCCAGGUGUCCAACUGGAAGCACAAGAGCUCACACCUUCUUCAAAACAUAAUCACUCCUCUUGAUUCAGAAAUUCAAACCAG